AUGUUUCGGAGGUGUAUCUGUUCGCUUAUACCAUACGUCGAGGCAAAGAAUCUCUUUUUCAAUGAACUGGGAAAGCCCCUACAACAGCCCACAGCUCCUCUACCACGUGUGCUAAAGGCUCUUGGGGAACAUUACGCACCUCUUUCCGGAGGCGAGACCUUUGUGGAAGCUGCCAUGAGUCAUGUCAUUCAGUUAGAUCGUAGUGAUGAGGAUUCUAAAUUGAUUGCCUCGUGGUACCGGGAUGCGAGCCCCUCGAGUGGGGUGGGUGGUCGGAUGGUGUUGGAGCUAAUGCGGGCAUAUCCGCACAGUGUGGCGGUACGUGAGUUCAGCUGUCGCUGCCUUGCGAAUAUUUGCCAACUUUCGUCUCCCCCACAUGACGAGAACUGCCUUGCGGAGUCUUUAGUGGAAGAGGGGUCUGUAGAGCAUGCCUUGGGCACUGCCGCGAUGGCGGCGCGGUUGAGUGGGAGAGGGCGCUGUUGGGUGGCGAUGGCUAUCUUGAAUUUGGUUUGUCUCUCGCGCACGGGAGUGGCGCGUGCCGCGGUGGCCGGGGGGGAGUCCGUGCUCUCAGACUUUAUUUUCACGAUCCUGGAGGCCGGCGAUGGCGACCGCGGCGCCGAUCUGCUUAACCUUAUCCAAAAAAAGCACCCUGCAGAGGAGAAUGGCGGGGCGAGUUUAGCUGGUUCUGGGCGCGAGGUGUGUAUCGCGUUAGACGCCACUUUGGGAGCUCUGACAGGAGUCCUUGCUGCAGAGGCACCGGAGAACGCGCAGGGAAUUUCUUACAAUUAUGAAAAGGUAAACUAUGGUACUGUGGAUGCGAUCGUACGCACGCUGGUCCUAUCUUCCGCUUUGUUAUGCCAAAUCGUGCGGAGCGACGGCAAUUCCGAUGCUCUAUUCUCUCAGCGGUGUAAUGUCGUAAAUUUUCCCGAUCUCUCUCCUCACCAGCAAACUGUCAUAGUCAUGCUGCUACCUCUUUUGCACAAGGCGUGGAUGGCGCUUUGCUAUAUAUGCAGCCACACGGAGAACGUUCCGAUGGUGUGCGAGUCCCUUUACGCCGCCUCUAGCGCGAACGGGGUCGGGGAAUCAGGGGACCACGUGAACCCUGGAGAACAGGAUGAGGGGCUGAUGGGGGUUCCAUCGGGGAGUGUGCCCGGUGAGCGGCGCAUCACCUCUCGCCUCUCACGCGUGGUGGAGGCAGCACGGUUUUUAGUUAAUGAGCUGGAGGGGCUCCAGGCCGUGGGUGACGCGGAGUUGUUGAGCCUACAAAGAGGCCUGAGCCAAUCCGUCAUGGAGUGCAUGGGUCGACUAACGGCACCCCGGACAGACGUCCCUGAAGACAGGUUGAGGGUUUCCGCCACCACCGCGUCUGGGGCCGCUGUUGGGGAAGACGGCAGCGAUGGCAUCUCGGCGGUUCUCCCUACACCCGCAGUGUUGGGUGUGAUGGAAGUGCUCGUGUCUGGCGACCUCAGUCGCAUGGCUCUCGCAACGGCUGUCCGGCUGCACGCCGAUUUACGACCCGCUUCCCAGGAGGGUGGCACGUGCUCGUCUCCUUCCGACCCCUCCUACCUACUACCGCAGGAUUCGGAUGAUUUCCAUCUACUUAUCAGGUCGGUCUCGGUGCUCAACCACUUGGCGGGCACCGACGAUGAGUUCGCGCGAUCGGCGAACACGGUGGCCGCGCUGCAGGUUAUGCUGCGCGGCGCGCUCGAUGGGAUGAAUGACGUGGCAUGGUUGUAUGCUCGCGGCGAUGGCACCCGCAAAGGGGAUCUGGCGGAGCUGUUCCAGCCCGCUACCGAGACUGGUGAAGAAUCCUUCGGCGCUGGGAACAAAUCUGAUGUGGAACGGCGUCCACCGAACCUCAAAGCAUGCCUCAGCGAAGGGAGGGAGGCACAGCUGCGGCUGUUUUUUAUGCAGCAGGUGGUGUUGGUGGGGCAGAUCUACGCAGUCCUGUCGGGCGUGCUCCAGGCCCCAGGUGGGGCACAUACCAUCGCAGAGCUCAAUACGAUAGAUACCGUCAAGGCAAUGCAGCGUUGCUUGCAUCAGGUCUAUGCUCCUGCAAUGAUGAGGGGAAAGGAGCGCUGUGGAGCUGAUUUGACGACCACUACAUCUGAGGAGACGGACUACCCUACAGCGGCGGUAAAAGCAAAUGAGAACGAUGCACCCAGCGCGGCUGGAAAGCCCAGCGGCGCUGAGAGUUCCGUGUACCAUCUUAUGGAGUUUGGCGAUAGGCUGAUUUCUCAUUUCGAGAUGGUAAACCAGCCAUCUGUUAGUAGAGCAGCCCCUGUGCAACGUAACGAGUGA